GCCUACGCACGCCUACGCUGGGCGCGGCGUGCUGUAGACCAACCUCUACGAACUUGCCCUGGUAUAUAACGGACCACUCUUGCCCGCCUGGCCCAUUCCGGGUUGAACCACUUAGCGCGCACGACGCGUCUUUCGGUGCAGUGUCCGUGACGUUUACGAUUUCAGCCAUGAACACCACGGUAUACCUCACGCUGGUGGUAGCGGCGUGCCUUUGCGUCGCGGACGGCGCUCCCGAGGGUCGGCUGACGAGGAAGCAGCAGCGGCCCACUCGCGGCUUCAAGAACGUCGAGAUGAUGACCGCCAGGGGGUUUGGGAAACGCGCUGAACGCGACGUCGACAGCCAAACUCCUUCGGAACGCACAAAUCGCGGUACGCCUACAUUUAAGAGUCCCUCAGUUGGAAUUGCUCGAGAUUUUGGCAAAAGGACGUCUGAAUUGGAAUCGGAAGAUGAACGCAUGAAGUUCCAACCUAAGGUACCCUUGAUGGUGGCUUAUGAUUUCGGGAAAAGGAAUGGUAACGAUGACCUCGUUGGUGAAGAAGAAGAGAUUAGGGUCACUAGAGGAACAUUUAAACCAAAUGCCAAUGUUCUUAUUGCCAGAGGAUAUGGCAAACGACAGGAUGCUAUCAAAGCUGAAGUUUACGGUAUCGACAACUUUUGGGAAAACCUGGAGGCUGCGCAAGAAAAAAAUGGACAGGACACUGAUGAUAAAACGAUGCAAAGUAUUCCACUGGACUGGUUUAUCAACGAGAUGGUCAACAAUCCAGACUUCGCCCGAUCAGUAGUUCGCAAGUUUAUUGACCUUAAUCAGGACGGCAUGCUAUCAUCAGAAGAACUCCUAAGGAACGUCUAAACUGCUAAAUUAAUUCUAGUUAAUUCUUGACUAUUAUAGAUAUAUAUAUCUCAAUUCGGUUAAUUAUGUAUUCUACGGAUAUUUUUAUAUAGACAAUUUAUUUACUGAGUUAUGACUGCUGUGUUUGUAACUUACGGUACUGUGAUAUGAUGUUGAAAAUUAAUUAUCUUCAGUCUUGAGAAUAUUAUAUAAAAAAAAUUGAAAUUAUUAAUAUGGUUGCUUUUGUUUUCGCAUAUUAGACAAAAUCGUUACUCAACAAAAAAAUCUUGUAAAUAAAUUUUAUUGUAGUGGUGCAGAAAGGUAUCGGUAAGGCUAUCAAAGUCAAGUAUAUCUUAUAGCCGGAAAGCCCGUGGGAAAAUUUAAAGAGGUGCUUGAUAAAAUCAGAAAAUAGUAAUAAAUGAGACUUCGACUUUAUCCAGUUAGAGCUAAACAAUAUGUAUUGGUACAAGGCCACGUAGAAACGUAUGGGUUUAAUUAAAAAUGGCCAUAUCCACUUCAAUACCGCUACCAUUUAAGACUGCAUCAUCACUUAUCACUAGGUGAAAUCGAAGUCAGCACCUAACUUGACAUUGUAUUAAAUAAUAGGUACAUACUAUAUUAAAGGCCUAGAGUCCAUUGUUGGUAUAUUCAAGUACUUACUAAAAAACUUUAUACAUUUCCAACUAUCCAUAUUUAAACGAAGACAGUUAGUUUUACCGAGAGCUUACUUGCAUCAUAAAAAUUGUCCAUAGGAUAUAGAUAAUCUUCGUACCUUAAUAUAGACUUAUAGGUACUUGUUGUUUAAUGUAUUUAUAUAAAACUCUUGUUUAUGUUGUAACAAAAUUCUAUGAAAAAAUCUUAUAAGAAACGAAUGAAAUAAGAGAUGAAAGACUUGAUCAAUAUUAUCUGUAACUUUUUUCUCCUGUUCCAAAGAGAAAGCUGUGUUUCAUAAAAUAUCCAGGCUCACUUUUGGAGAUAUUUUAUGUCUGUAUGGAUCACAAUAGGACAUUAUAGACAUUUAUUUUCAUUGUCUAAAGAUAGUGGUAUUAUUUCGUAUGAAUUGAAUGUUAUACCUCAUCUCUUUACCCACUUAUUUUGAGAAC